AACGUUGCCAAGCGUUGCAUUACUUGUGACGUCACUUGAUGGCGGUCUAGGAAACCGUUCCCAACCACUGGAACACUGGAACUGAUCCGGUUCCGGUGUGGCUGACGGCUGAGCGUGCGUUUCGCGGUUCCUCAUGUCUUCGAUCGCCUCCUCUGCCCUGUCCCUGCUGACUGUUUCUGGGAGGAUGGGGCAGGGUGUGCGAGUGGCCUUGAAAGACAAGGCUCUUGUUGCCGUCCCACUCGUCGUUGGCCUUCUGCAUUUUUUGGAAGCGCGGUGGCAAACUCUGCAUGUUGGGUUUGGCGCCACGACCCCCUCUGGGAGGACCCAUCGGCGGUUUCAUGGGCGGUUCGCUGCCUCGGCCCGGCACAGGUCGACCGUCAAAGGGCAAAGAACGGGAUUCGGACGUUUGUCUCAAGUCUCUUGAUGGGCUCUGGCCAGAGUCAUGAGGUGGACGCGGGAGAAGACCCUCGCCGCCGGACAGGCGAACCCCAAGUCAAGACUGGAGCGGCAUGAAAUCGCCCUUUGGUAUGAGGCGCACACCUAGCCAGGAGAGUGUUGGCAGGAGAAGAGGAAAACAUAGGAACAGGUACAACAGUGGAGGCAGUUCGUUGGAUGAAAAUGGCGGUUAUAGAGACAGGAGGCACAGCGACCCUCGGGUCACACCCCAACCUAGUGUCAAAGUAGCCGAAGAUAAAGGAUCUGACGAAGAACUUGGGCCACUCAUGUCUUUGAAUGUGCCGGAAAUUACUGACUGGAGUGCUGAAGUUGAAGAGAGCGAUAGAUUGGAGGCCGAGGCUUUGAUAAGCGAGACCGAAUCCAAUGCUGCAAAAAGUGAACAAUCAUCAAAAAGGAAAAGGAACAGAAGAAAGAAACAGAAGAAAGGAGGGGAAAGGAACAAAGAAUCAACUGAGAAGUCUCCAGCACCCGCAGACAAAUCACCCACCCCUCACAAAGGAGGACUUUUGAUCCUCCCAGCCAAACUAGAUUUGGGCCAGUCUCCCCCCUCGCAGUCGGUCCAGCGCACCCUUUACGACCCAAACAAUCCGUCGAAACCAAUCAUGAUGAAGGCGGCAGGGAUGCGCAUGCCACAGCCUCAGUUUCCUCAGUUCAGUUCGCCUCCGGAAAUGGGCAUGCACGGCCGCAUGCCUGCUCCUCCCCACCCCUAUCCACCUGGAGCGCCUUUCAUGUACGGACCCUUCACCAGACCCGAAGCCAGCAUUGCAGAGAAACCAUUGUGGUAUGACCACUAUUCCGAAAAUUUUAGAAAUUGUCGAAAUCCUCACUUACUAAUUGACAUUGAGCAAGCUGAUUGGGAACUGACAAAAAUUAUAAGCACGGUCGGCAUUGUUCAGAGUUGGCCUAAAAUUUGUCAAAUCAGGCAAUUUUUACUUAACUCUCUAAUGAUGCUCCUGCUGCAAGAUCUCAGAUUUUCCCAAAUGGAAAACAUUGAAAUACAUUUAUGGAAACUGGCUUUUUACCAAGUGAUAGGAACUGCUCAAGAAAAGGCCAAGCGGAGGCAAUCAGGAGUUGCACAAGAAGACUUUACUUGCUGUGAUAGAGGACGGCAUUAAGUUUUUCGGCAAUUUGCUAACAACUCUGCAGGACACUUAAAAAUUCAGCGUUGAAGAACUGACCGGCAAAGGCGCACCGAUGCUGACCCAGUUUUGGCUCUUCACGCUAGGAGAAAACUGGAUGCAGUUUAUUUCUACAUGAGAAGUCUGAUGGCAUAUCAAAUCCUUUCCAGACGGCUCGUGAAAGCCUUUUACUGUUGUUUGAUGAAAAAAGGAAAAAGUUUGAAUCUCUAGAAAAGAAGAGGAGGGACGAACAAGCAGCUGAAGAGAAGGAAAGACUGCAAGAAAAGGCAGCAGUCAGUAAAGGCCACCGAAGGGAAAUCUGGAUUCACCCAGACAAUAGUUCCAAAGAGUGGCUUACCCCGACUGAUAGUGAAAAGGAUGCUGACUGGAGAGAAGAAGAGUUGUCCAAGAUGUCAUUUAUAGAGCUCAACAAGCAAUUCCUCACAAGUUACCUUCAUGUUCAGGGCAAGCUUUUCACCAAAAUUGGAAUGGAAACAUUUCAAGAAGCAGCCCACCAAAUGUAGAGAGAGUUCCGGGCUCUCCUGCAGCAUCAUUUCAUUCACUUAAGAAAAAAAUGCAUGUAGAAAUAAAAUUGUUAUCUUUGCAUUUAUGUUA